AUGAGUGGUGCGGCUCAGAAUAUUUACGGUGGCUGUGCAAACGCGAGGGAAGCGCAAAGAUAUGCUGCUGCAGCUUUGAAUAUUGGCCGUGUGAAAGGGGUUCGCUGCGCUUUGCCCUAUGUUGUUGUUGCUUUUCUGGCUUUGCGGCGCCGCCGCCACCCUUCUUCGCGGUGUGCGAGGAGGCGCGUUCACUUCUGGAUUUUUUUUUUUGCCUCUGCACGCGUCUUCUCCCUCUUCUUCUUUGCUGCCGGAGAGAGCCGCAGUUGGCGGGGAGCGGGCGCGCCAUCGCUGGGUGAAACUUGGCUCGCGCGUUGGCAGCGAAUGGCUCAGCCAACCGCCUCCAUGAGGCAGCGUGCGGCAGCGGCGCAAAGCACUCCAAAGUUUAGCGUGGAGAAACCGUCGGCCCCGCCAUCGCGCCGCGGUGUUCGUCGGCCAAAGGAGCCCCCCAUUGCCCGCGCCAUCGCUGUGGCAGUGCCGUCGCGCCGUAGUGAGUUGGAGGAGCGACUGCAGUACCUGCUGCAGGUAGAGGAGGAAGUGGCAUCCGCCGUUGGGCCCAAUGAUUUGAUGCAAGUGCUAGCGGAGCUGCGGCGGCGGCGCCAGGAACGCAAGGCCGUCGCCGUCACAAGACGACGCAUGACAGAGGCCUCAAAUGCGGUCUACCCACACGUGGCGGCGCUGGUGAAGGCGUGCGAGUCCACUACGGAUGAGGCCACCAUAGAUAUCUUGCGUGAGUUCUGUCGACGCCAUUAUGCACCCAGCAGUCAUGAAAAGGGACGAUCACUCCUGUACACGGCGCUUGCAGAGCUUUUGCUGAAGCGAAGGGCCAACGAAAGCGAUACUGCGGAGGCGCUUUCUCUUUUAGACGACGCGGUGGCUGACGGCCACGCGGGGGCAAUGCUUCUUGUCGGCCUCUCCCUGCGCGAUGGGGUCGGGGUGCCGAAGGACUUGGAGGCGGCGCUCACGUGGGUGGAGCGGUCCGCCGAUGCCGGCUACGCCCCCGCAAUGUUUGAGCUCGGGGCGAUGUACGAGGAUGGCGUGGAGACUGCUGGCGGCGACAAGCUGCCCUCAGACUGGGGCGAGGCUGCCGAGUGGUACAAAGGGGCCGCGGACCUUGGCCACACGAUGGCCCAGCUGAAUCUGGGAAAGCUCCUGUGGAAGGCGGCGGCAAUGGCGGGCGAGGCCAAACCUGACACGUGCGACAAACACACCGUUGCAGACCUUAAGGCCAAAUCACGCGCGUGGCUUGAGAUGGCGGCGUCCUCAGGAAGUGAGGAGGCCGUUCGGCUCCUUCGCUGUAGAUAA